AUGGCACAGAAGGUGCAGCAACCAUGGGCGGAUGGGCCGCUGAAGAUGGUUACGACGCCGAUGUUUGAGACGAAGAAGGAUGACACAUUCACGAUCGGCGCCUCCCACAUGGCCGUUCUUCACAACGCGAUGCUUCGUGGCUACAACUCCAUAUACCUUCAAGCCCCACAUGUCAAGCCAGAGGACUAUGCAGAUUUCAUCGGAUACUCCUUGACCUGGUUCAAGUUCGUCAAGGGACAUCACGAUGACGAAGAAGCGAAUCUGUUUCCCAAGGUUGUGGAAGUGCUUGGGAAGGAGGAUGGGGAGAUCUGGGGAAAGACGCAUGGAGAACAUGAAGCAAUGCUUCCCGGCCUCGCCAAAUUCCACGAGUACCUCAGCAGCCUCCCCUCCCCCGCCUCCUUCUCCGCGAGCACCCUCCUUUCGAUAAUGAAGGAGUUCGAGGAGCCCUUUGACACCCACUUCCAUUCAGAGAUCGCCUCGAUCGCUAGUCUCGGUUCCUACGGCGACUUCCCUGCCGCAAAGCCGGUCUUCGCUACUUGGGGCAAGAACAGUGUCAAGAGUGCUGGAUACACUGAUGUCGUGCCGUUCUUGUUCCUGAAUUUCGAUCGGACAGUCGAGGACGGGCUCUGGGCGACCUGGCCGCCAAUGCCAGCGCCGAUAAGAUACAUGCUCGUAAGAGUAGGCGGUUGGUGGCAUGGCGGAUGGUGGAAGUUCGCUAGUUGUGACGAGAAUGGAAUUCCGAAGACGCUUUAUGCGCUCGGUGAAAAGACGGAGGGAGAUGCAAAGGAGGUUUAA